AUGGCGAAAGCAACGGAGCAGAAACAAACUUUGAAUUCGACCGUUGCGGUGAAAGAGACGAAGCUCCAAAUCCGAGAAGUUGUCCCAACAGCCACAACUUACGGCGAGGAUAACCGUCACAGCCUCACUAGACGCAGUGACGUGGCAAUGGUUGUGUUAAGAGCCAUGUGCGUGGCGGUAUCGGCUGUGGCGGUUUCUCUUAUGGUGACAGCUCGUGAGACUAGCAUGACCACUCUCUACGGCUUCGAGUUUCAGCUCCACGCCGUUUGGUCUCUCUCAGAUUCCUUAAUAUAUCUAGUGGUGGUUUCAUCGGCGACGCUUCUUUACUCAUUGGUCCAACUGGUUAUAAGUGGAACAAGGCUAAUGAAGAAAUCUCCGGUGAUUCCGACAAGAAGCCAAGCAUGGUUUUGCUUCGUUGCAGAUCAGAUAUUGGGAUAUGCGAUGGUGAGCGGAGGAUCUGCGGCUUUAGGAGUGACGAAUAUGAACAGAACAGGAAUCAGACACAUGCCUCUUCCCAAUUUCUGCAAAUCUCUCGGUUUCUUCUGCGACCAUCUCGCUCUCUCCGUCGUCUCCGCUUUGUUCGCGUUUCUCCUCCUCGCCGUUUCUUCUCUUCUCGACGUUCUUCGUCUCUCACGCCACUGCUAG